AGACGGGCCGGGCUGGGCCGGGCUGGGCUGCGGGACGAAGAGGCGCUGGGUUCGGCUGUGGUGGAGGGAGCUGAUGUCGCCGGAGCGGAGGCGCCAGCGCGGCCCGAGCGCCGGUUGACGCGCAGCGCAGCAGGGAGCCGCCAGAAUGAAACGAGGAAGGAAAACUAAUGAGGCCAACAGCAGUUCAUCUGAAGAGACAACUGAGAAGGAAUCCAAGAGGCACAAGGUCAUAGAUGAGAAGACCAUAGUUGUGCAGAGUCCAGACUGGGCGAACCUGCUUCAAGACAUUAUCCUGCAGGUGUUUCAGUACUUGCCCCUUCUGGAUCGUGCUCAUGCAUCACAGGUCUGCCGAAGCUGGAACCAAGUGUUUCAUAUGCCUGAUCUCUGGAGGUGUUUUGAGUUUGAACUGAAUCAACCAGCUACGUCUUACUUGAGAGCUACGCAUCCUGAACUAAUCAAGCAAAUAAUAAAGAGGCAUUCCAAUCAUCUGCAGUAUGUAAGCUUCAAGGUGGACAGUAGCAAGGAAUCUGCAGAAGCAGCUUGUGAUAUUUUAUCACAGCUUGUGAACUGCUCUCUGAAAACACUUGGGCUAAUUUCGACUGCCCGGCCAAGCUUCAUGGAUUUACCAAAGUCUCACUUUAUUUCUGCACUGACAGUGGUGUUUGUAAACUCCAAAUCCCUCUCUUCACUUAAGAUUGAUGAUACGCCAGUAGAUGAUCCAUCUCUCAAAGUGCUAGUGGCUAACAACAGUGACACGCUGAAACUGUUGAAAAUGAGCAGUUGUCCUCAUGUUUCUCCAGCUGGUAUCCUUUGCGUGGCUGACCAGUGUCACGGCUUACGUGAGUUGGCGCUGAACUACCACCUGCUGAGCGAUGAGCUGCUGCUUGCUUUGUCUUCUGAAAAACACGUCAGGUUAGAACACUUGCGCAUCGAUGUCGUCAGUGAAAAUCCUGGACAGACUCAGUUCCACACGAUUCAGAAGAGCAGCUGGGACGCUUUCAUCAAGCAUUCUCCUAAAGUAAACUUAGUAAUGUACUUUUUCCUGUAUGAAGAAGAGUUUGACCCGUUCUUUCGUUACGAAAUACCCGUCACUCACCUUUACUUCGGAAGAUCGGUAAGCAAAGACGUACUGGGCCGCGUUGGGAUGACGUGUCCUCGCUUAGUGGAGCUGGUGGUGUGCGCCAACGGACUGCGCCCACUGGACGAGGAGCUGAUCCGCAUUGCGGAACGCUGCAAGUACCUCUCCGCCGUCGGCCUGGGAGAGUGCGAAGUCUCCUGCAGUGCCUUUGUUGAGUUCGUGAAGAUGUGUGGCGGUCGUCUCUCUCAGCUUUCUAUUAUGGAGGAAGUUUUGAUUCCUGAUCAGAAAUACAGCUUAGAGCAGAUUCAUUGGGAAGUUUCAAAGCAUCUCGGUAGAGUCUGGUUCCCGGACAUGAUGCCCACAUGGUAAAGUCCUUGAAAGACUUCAGGGCGGAUAGAAUGGCACCUUAUACCCAAGCUGACCAUAUUGCAAUUUACUGUAUGAGCUGAUUUAAUACUAGAGUUUUUACUGUAAGCUACUUCCUUGUUUGAUUAGGAAAUGAAUUUUUCAUUCAAGAAUGAUUUAUGAAAUCCAGAUUCAAAAGUAGAAAUCAUGGAUUGCUCCAAAACCCUUCUUUAUCCAAGCAAAAAAUCUGUUUUCUGUCUUUAGAUUUGUUCUUUUUCAUUGACAGUGACCUCAGACUUUUAUGGAAAUAAAAGAUGUAUUUAAAAUAUUGGAAUGUAGCUGCAAAAUACCAGCUUCAAUAUGCUGUCCUUCUUUGAUUUAGGUACUAGUAUUGAUCACGAUAAGAUUUGAUCUUAAAAACCAAACAAAACCAGACCAAAAUUGCAUGCUUCUAUUGCAGACUAGAGCAUUUCUAAAUCCAGUCACCUAGAUGACAAGAUUGUAAAGAGUAUUUAGUAGGCUGUGACAUAUACAUGUUCUUUUAUGGAAAAGUCCUAGAAGGCAAGAGCCACUCGCAAUAAUAUAGUUUAGACUAUUACAAUAUUUAAGUUUGCUACCUUAUUCAACAGACUAUUAGAUCCAUCUAAAAUGUAUUUAGAGCGCAAACAAAUAGUAGUGGGAGCUACCAGAAGUGUUGUGGUUUUUUUCCCUCUAUGCAUUUUAAUGUAGUUUGUUUAUGGGGUCUCAGAUCUGUGUCUAAACCUGUUUUAAGGUAUUUUAUGUCUAGCUCAGGAAGCGAAAGCAUUCUGGGGAAAAAUGUAGAUACAUUGUAAUCAAAACCACGCUGGAGUUAAUGAGCAUUUCUUGCACAUUAACUGGUCUUGCAGCAUACAGCUAGAUGGAAUAAUGUAUGGUUUGUUAAAUGAACCCGGCAGUGUUAUAUGUGGUGACAUGGAUGUGAACAGUGCGAGACGAGAAAGUUAAAAUUUGAAUGGUGACCAAGAACCUUUUAACAAAACCUUGGACCUUUUGGCUGCUUUCAGUUUGAGAGAAAUGACAUUGUAACAGUUGCUUAAGCUGUAUAAACUAAUUGUAUACUGUAAAUCUGUUUCAGAAAUGUUUAUGUAUAAAGUGAAUGUUUGAUAGAUGAUCAUUUUGUAUACCUUUAAUUCAGCUAGUUUGAUCAUUUCAUAAUAUUUAAAAACCUAAAAGCAGUAAACUUGCGCAAAGUAGAGGAACAGACAAAAAAAUGUUUUGAAUACUUGGUAAAUCAAUUUUAUUAGGGGUUUUUAGUCUGUAAAUGGUGUGUAGGCAGCAUAUUGCCUGUGAUCUGGAUGUGGCUUGUGACUUCAUUUCUUACCACCAACAGUUACAUUAUUUUCUCUUUCCGUUCUUCACUGGUAACAACUGAAUUGUUCACGUGACUGCUGAAUGUGUUUGAAAGGUGUGAUCAGCCCCCGGCAAGGCAAAGCUGUUCCAGCUGUGGGCUGUACUGAACUUAGCUGGUGGCUGCUUGUUAUUUCAGCUGUCCAGCUAGUUCUGGUAAUAGAUUUUUCUUCAUUUCUGAUUUCAGUAAUGUUUAUUCAGAUGUAUAGUUCAAGUGUAAUACACUUAUGAGCAUAUUUAAGUUCAUAACUAUAUUUUGAGCAAACUUUGCUCCGUAGACUGGACAUCUUUAUAGGGGAGUUGUAUGUUUCUGUAGAGCUUUGAUUUAAAAAUUGCAUUUUAUGAAAUACGCAUUUUUUUGUAUUAGAAUUUGUUAAAUUACUGUAAUACUGUAAUUUGCUUUUAUUUGUAUAAAAGGUGUCAAUAUAUUUAGUCCAUAAAAGUAAAAAAGCUCAGUGUUUUUUUUUUUUAUAUUCUGACUCUUGGAAUUGCCUGCAUGGUAAAGGUGGAGUAACACUAGUAGUUUGGGGAAGAGGACAUAUUUUCACUAAAAUAAUGUGUUUAAUCUUGGUUUUAAUUGAUCUGGUUUUGUUGCAGAGACAGACUUUUUAUAUAGUAAAGGUUAUCAAAAUCUUCAAGGAUAAGAAAACCACCUGAAAGCAGUUGUGUGUCUCUUCCACUCAAGGUGUGCAGUUUUUAUACAUCAAUUUACAGCAUCCUCAGCUCAAAUAAUUUGGCUACAAAACAAACCUCUCAGGCAAGCCUAUAUUCUAAGUAGCUUCAGGAAAAGCUACAAUGCUCCUUUUUAUCAAAUCUUGUACACUUUCUUAUUUUGCCUUCUACACAUACUGGAACAAAUUAAUAAUAAUUAAAAAAAAAAAAAUCCAUGAUGUGGGCAGUAAGAAGGGUACCACAAACUGUCAUGAAGUUCACUAGAAACAUGAACAUGGGUGUCUUAUAGCUGUAUAAAAUAACUUUCCAUGGGUUCACCUUUAUUUCUUGUUUUCAGAAGAUACUCCAGUGUUGGCCUGGUUGUCCAGUUUGGGUAGGAGUUGUUAAUGUGUGCAGUCACAAAUCUUCCCUCUGAACUCAAGGGCUACAUCAGGUCUUGGAUAUAAAAAUUACUCUUGAAAGCUGCUGAUGCCAUAGAGCUGGAGUAAUCCUGACCAGCUGUGCUACCUUACCAUGAGGUAAUAGAUCGAAAGUGAAAAGGUGAGUAAUUUAAGAGCAGCUGUUGACAUUAACUUAGUUUCCUGUGAUUUACCCAAAGCUACAAACUUGUGAAUUUAAGUGGUUUUUUUGGUGGGGCUUUUAAUGAGUAACUGUCGCUAAUAUUAUACAAACUGAUCCAGCUACAUAGGUAUAAAUUAGCUAUAUCUAUUCCAAUUGUUGUUUGAUGUGCACUGAAUUAAUUUCCUGUGAAUUUAAAGCAGGGUUCCUCUGGGCCUCUGUAUUUGGAACAGGCCUGACUAAAACAUAAACUUUUUUACAUUAUUUCAGAGAGAUCUGUUCUGAUCUUUGGCCAGUCCAGUUGCUUGCACAUGGAAUGAUAAAAGUAGUUGCUGCUGCUGCUGUAUCUGAAACUGAACCAUUGAUUUAAUGAGGAAAUUUGUGAAAUCUUAAAGAUUACUUCAAGCUCAGAACUUCAGUGACUGUAGUUCAGACUACAAACUGUAAAUGCAUUUUCCUAAAAUACAGGCACUGUAGAAACAAGUUCCUUGGAGAUAUGACUGAAGUUUAAUAGUAUCAAAACUAGGACAAUGAAACAAUUAACCUUCAAUGUUCUGCAUGUUCAUCUGUUCAUCCUUUCCCGUUCGGUUUUGCUUGUAGGAUCACAUCCACUGCUCGCUGGUGUAGUUCAUGUGCUUUGAAGCAGAGACUGGCACCUGUGCUUUUGUAAGAUGCCAUUUCCUUGCGAAAUGCUGAGGAAUUGGGACAGCUUUGGACCUUUCAGAGGAAAAUACCUGUUCCUUCCAGUCUUGCAGCAUGACAGAAAACGCAGUUUCCCAUUUUAGGAUGACCCUGCACAAAAAUCAGCUGUCAUAGUUUGUUAUAUGAGUAAGGAGGAAGACUCGUGAUUCCUUGUAUUGUAUCUGUUGUAUAGUCUCGUAUGGAUAGAAGGUAAAGAACUGUGUCAUCCAGACUGAAAUCAGUUAACUGGCGAGCAGGCAGCCUGGAUUUCAAAACCUGAUUUUAAACGUUAGUAAGGCAAGAACUUUGGUGGAUGUAGCAUCGUACCAGUUUUGCUGCUUUAUCCCCAGGGAGCAAAAUUUAAGAGACCAAGUCCUACCCCUGAACCCCCCCCCCAAACAAAGGCUUGAGUGUUUUGAAGGGGGGUAGGGGAAAAGGAGGAAGAGGGUUGAUUUCCUAAUUCUGUAGCUGAAGUGUCACACAGUAACAGAGUACUGGGGCUAGAAGUCCCGCGGACCCACCUGAUGGCAGCCUCCUUUCUUCCCUCGGGGGCUCAGGCACCCCAAAGCUGUUCUCUGCACCUUGCAACAGCCUCAGUGCCUGGAGAAAGAGGCAGGCUUUAGAACAGCCCCUUCUCCCCGGGCCUGCAGCAUCGAGCCCUUCAGGGGAUCUUGACUCUCAGUGGCGGUAUGAACCCUCCGAGUUCCAUUGCUUCAGGAGGUGACGCUUUGCUCUUAAGUGUUCAGUAGACAUUUUGGUAAUGUUAAGACGGCACGGUACCAGUUGGAAAAUUCCUUGCAGGAAUCUCCUUCAUAAUAGUUUUUAAUUGCUGAACCCCACACACUGCGUCUACCAUUAAUACUAAAUUUUAGGUGCAAUGUGACAUGGGAGACGAUUCUUUUAAUUCUAUUAUUUUUCCCGAGGCUGAAAAUACCGUGGCUGGUAAUUUCACUGCACAGUGCUCUGGGGAACAGGAGCUGCACGUUCCCUUUGGCCUUGACGUAUGACAAGCCAGGAGCUGCCUUGCUUGAGAACUCCCCUCUCUGGGUUACAGCCCUGAGCAGCUCGGUGGUACAAAAAUCAAGCAAUUUCGCACGAGACCACUGUGUAGACUUGGAAAUUGUUGCAUUAUGAAAUGACUGUGUAUUUUUUACCCUGAACUGCAACCUGCGUAAAAGCAAGGAGCAGAACCGAGCAGUCUGAAGUGACCGGCAGCUCCUGUAUUCAAAGCAGGAGUAAUGACUCAGUGGAGACAGGUAAAAGAGAAAGUAGGAGCUUAUCCUUGAGCCUGGCAGUUAGGGCAGUCCCCUGGUUCACCAUCAGGCAAGUGCUAAUACCAGCUGGGCAGGAGUGAACUGUUAGGUGUGACCCUGUUACACCUGCUCCCCUGUGUGACUUCCAGCAGGAGGAUGGCCACUUCAGGUGCUUGGGCUAAAGCGGUGGUUUCCAGGCACCACCACCAACAGAUCAUCAGGUGCACAGAAGCUGUUAGAGGUCACAGACGUUUGCCUUAAGUGACAAAAGUGUCAGCUUCAGGGAUCUAUUCUGAGCUUGUCUAAACUUCACAGAAGUGGCUACUCAUCACCUCAGUAUUCUGGAUUCGUUCGGUCUGAACUGUUGGCUUUUAAGGUUCUGAACAAAAACUCCCAAAUAGAGAGAAGCAAAGAAAGUGAAGCGCUCUCUGUCCAACACUUGUGCCCACAGGGGAUAAAUACUGGCACUAGAAGGAACCCGUGUAGGUUUAAAAAAAAGGCAACUCCCGUGUUGCUAAUCAGGACUGUUAAACUGAGGAUAGCUUGUGCAAAAUAGUCUUGCAUACACACGUGGCUGCAUAAAGGAAUUGUCAAAUGAUCAUCAGGGUGACCUACUGCUGCAUCCACUCACAAAUUCUGUCUCAAAUAGCUGCUGCUUUCUGCUUCUGCCUGGAAGGAGUGCAGUACCCUCAACAAAUAACUGUCCAGUUGUCUUCAUUUUUUGUUGUUGCCAGAAAUUUACUGUCCUCUGAGUUGCAACUAAUAGGUGCUAGGGUGUAAGUGCUUCUCCUUGAAGCAACACCCUGUACCAUCAAGAGUUACGGUUAGAAUAAAACAUGCUAAAUUAAGCAGAUUCUGCAGAUGAAAUAGGAAGAAGGCUGUUAUUUGGGUACAAAAAAGCCCAGGAUAUUAUAAACUUGUACUGAUAGAACCAUGAAGUUACAUUUGACCACAGACAUGAAAAAGUGAUCACUCCUUUCAUACAGACAUCCCCUAUUUUUGACCAAGUUCUUUAAUAAUCAUUAAGUUUCUACCUCUGCAACCAGUCAGCUCUGUCAAGUUGUUGUAUAAUCUCUCCAGGUAUUACUGGUCCACAAACGCCCAUUUUUUUUUCUUUAUUGUUAGGAGCUGCACAGGGCAGCUUUGACAUGUGGGAUUCAGCUCCCAUUAGCUGUGUAUUUCAGGAUUUGGCUUUUCCAGUUCUUGAAGGCUCUUUUAUGCAUCACAAAACACUCCAACUAUUAGUGGAAAAGAAUGACUUUGGUGCGUAGGCUCCCUAGGUCCCAUCUGAAGGAAAUGCUGUACAGUGAGCAAACAGCACUGUCAGGCUGAGCAGAGAUGUCUACUAUGAGGGAGCAUGACCUUACCUGCUCCCCCCACGGCGUCUGCUUCAGGCUCUGAAAGGGCUCUAGCUGCAUCAAGGCUACAAGUUUUUUAGCAAAUGCUAAAGAAGCUUUUGGGGCUUCUACUGGCCCCUAUUUUCCCUUCAGAGCUUUGGACACUGGUUUUGAGCUUGAGGCUUUUUCCUGAGAAGAUAAAUGUGGGUUCAACAAUGUUGAGAGUUUUGAAGUCCAAAAGACAUUCAUCAACAAGAACACACCUGCAGCCAGGCUUGCUGCACCCCUUUAUUUUCCCUAGUGCCUCCUGGAUUACCUUCUUGGUGGGUAAUCUGAAGCUCAGAUGGUUAAAACAAGGGCUCCUGAUUUUGGCUGCAAAGAGUAAAGUCUUGCAAGUUGAAGUGGAAGAUUAAGUUUUACAGAACAGUGGAACAAUUUAAUUAGCAGCUUUCCCCUGCAGAACAGAAGCACUCUCAGCACCUCAUUCCUCUCACACCAGCCCCAUUACAUGAUAAUGCAAUUCAACUAAUUAAUUUUAGUGACUUUUUAAUACAAGGUUAAUCUUCUGCCAUUCUUAUGCUUUGAAGCAAAUCACUGUGCCCUUGCACCGCGUGCUCCCUUCUGGCUGCAGCAGGCUGUUAACUUGGCUGAAGCCAAAUGAAACUGCAGAGUAGGGUUCCUGUGUUAUCGCUCAGCCACGAUGCAGCAAGAACCUCUGCAGGAGGGCUGCUCGUUCUGCAACUAGUUUAAAAAAAAAAAGCAAA